CCACAGACAAUGGACUACAACUCCCAGAGAGCGGAGCGGUAGCACGCCAGCGCUCGACCGAUCGGGUGCAAUUGCUUGACAUCAAACAGCGAUAGAGGGAGGGAGGGAGAAGCGGAGCGCUGAGGAGCAGAGAGGCUUCUGACGGGCUAGUAAGUAGGCAAGAAUAGAAGACAGGAGAAUUGUGUGGAAAUAAUUCUUGGGGGAAGAAGGAAUGGAAAAGCAAUGUUAAAGAGUUUGGUGUAAACAAGCGAAUUAAUUGUGUAAGGAAAAUGAGGAAGGAAAUGCUAUCAACAUCAAGAAUAGAAGAAGCAGAGUCCCCGGGUAUUCAGUUAAGGCAAAGAGGUCUCCUGGAACCGUGCCUUAAACCCAAGGGAACUUUAGCUCUUUGGAAUAAGGGGCUUCAAGAUGUUGGGGAACAGAAUGGAGAUGUUUGGAGAGACAGAUUUUCUGGAAUUAGAGACCAAGAGGGAAUUCGGGGAUCUUUGCAAUGGGAAGGGGGUACUUCUGGAGUGCAAGUUCAGGGAGAUGGGCGAUCAGGCUCCUUGCAAAAGGGAGAGGGGCUUCCAGGAGUACAUUUUCAGGGGGGGUGGAGAACAGCCUCUGUAAAAGAGGGAAAGAAGUCCUUAGGAAUGCCGGCGAAGGGAGAAGGAAUUCCAGUGUCCUUCCAGUCAGCAGCAGGGUUCUCAGAAGGAUUUGGGGAAGAUGAGAUGAUGGGUUCCAAACUGUGGGGCGAGGAGCUUUCUGCAGCGUGGGACGGGAACCGUGCGCCACGGGUUAGAAUGUGCGCAGCCCUGGUGAACUCUGCCACCAAGCUACAGGGAGACCUGCUUCUGAAUGAGCAUGGGGUCCACCCGCAGGGAGGAGAUGCGCAGGUUGAGCCUGGCGGUUCGGAAGAUAAUGAAAGAGUCGGACCCGAGGUGGAGGAUGGCGAGGUCUCGCCCAUGGAACUGUCCUUCUCUGGCUCUGGGUUUCUGGUGACCUAUCAAAUCGGCGUGGCGGAAUGCUUGUUGGAAAACUUGCCCCAGGUUGUGCUUGCAGCUCCGAGGGUGUUUGGAGCUUCUGCUGGUUCCCUCAUCGCCGCUGCUGUAGUCUGUGGCGUUGAUCUAGAUUGUUUCUAUCAGACCCUUAGUCUGGCUGCUAAACAGUCAAGAAGAUGGUUUCUUGGACUGAUUAAUCCACUAUUUAGUCCUCUUCAAAUUGUAAAGAAGGGUCUGGUGGAGAAUCUUCAUGAGAAUGCGUACGAGCGUGCCUGCGGGAGGCUGUUUAUUUCCAUGACCCGGGCAUCUGACGGACAAAACAUCCUAGUCUCCGAUUUCAGUUCCAACGAGGAACUUAUUCAGGCUUUAUUGUGUAGCUGUUUUGUUCCUGUCUACUGUGGACUAGUCCCUCCAACCUUCCGUGGUGUGCGUUACAUUGACGGAGGAUUUACGAACAGCCAGCCUCUGUAUGACAAGAAGAACACCAUCACCAUUUCCCCAUUCUCAGGAGAGAUCGAUAUUUGUCCCAGGGAUUUUGUUGAUUGCUUCUUACUCUGCUUUGCCAACUGCACCUUCGGAUUAACCCCUGAAAACCUGCGUCGCAUCGGCUUGGCUCUCUUCCCACCAAGCCCCAAGGUUCUGCAGAGAUUUCUCUGGAAUGGCUACAGUGACACCUUGCUUUACAUGCAGACAAACAACAUGCUAAGUCUUGAUGCCCCAAUUAUAGUGAAGAUUUUAUCAAAUUACCACUGUAAGAAGCGUCUCCAAUGUCUGGCUACAUCGGGUGCUGAAGAGGCCAAUCGCCGUCUGCAAUUUGAAGCGAGCUGCAGGGCUCGUUGGUCGGAAGGCCAGCCUUCUCGGCGCAAGGUCCGGAUUCCUAAAGCAUUACUGUCGAUGGGCAUUUGGAAGAGCAGCAUCUUUGACAUCUGCAGUUUGGUCUUCUAUCCAAUACACUAUGUGACAUCUGUUGCUCAAAGGUUUAGGAAGCGGUUCCUUCGCAUCCCGAAUGCAAUUGGUUCGAUGUUUAAGAAUGAUGUUCGUCGGACCACAGAAUUGCCAAAUGUUUCCAGAACAGAAAGAUGCAAUUCUGCCCAUUGCGUUCAUAUUGGCUCCAUUUAACAACAAUCCAUUUCAUUACAUUUCCCAGCCAACUUCCUGUAGCCACACAUUUGUAUUUCCUUUAGCAGGACAAUCAGUAUUUCUUUAGAACGCUACAAUUGAAUCUGCCUCUGUGAAAACUGCAGACAUUGCAUUUUGGACCUUAAUUGAAUGCUACAUAUUAAUGCCUUUCAGAGAGUCAAAAUGAGAUACAGGCCUUUCGGCACAGCAAGUCUGUGCUAACCCAUUUACACUAAUCCUGCAUUAAUCCUAUAUUUUUACUCUCCCCACAUUAUCAUCACCUCUUCCCAGAUUCUAAUACUCAUCUACAUACAGUGGACAGGUCUGAAGAAGGGUUUCGGCCCAAAACGUUACCUAUUUCCUUCGCUCCAUAGACGCUGCUGCACCUGUUUAGUUUCUCCAGCAUUUUUGUGUACCUACAGUGGACAUUUAAUCUCCUUAACCUGCAUGGAUGUGGAAAGAAAUUGGAGCUUCAGGGAAAAUGAAUGAAAUCCUGGGCCCAUGACAACCCUGGGCCUCCUCCACUGGCAGAGUGAAGCCAUACACAAUUUGGAGGAGCAGCACCUCGUAUUUUGCUUGGGCAGCUUCCAACCAAGCGGCAUGAAUAUUGAUUUCUCUAACUUCAAGUAACCUUUGCAUUCUCCGUCUCUCCGUCCCUCCCCCACCCAAGUCCUCUUGCUAAUUUCAAUGUUUGUAUUCCUUCGCGAUAACCUCGUCCCCAGCUAACAAUUGUGGGCUCCACCUCUCCUGAGCCUUGGAUGCAGGCUCUUUGUUCUGUAUCCUGCCAUGCCUCUAGUGUCCCCUCCCAUAGGCAUUGUCCGAGAAGCUGCUCCGCCAUUCAAUCAUGAUUAAUCUAUCUCUCCCUCUCAACCCCAUUCUCCUUUCUUCUCCCCAUAACCCCUGACACAUGUACUAAUCAAAAAUCAAUCUCUGCCUUAAAAAUACCCAUUGACUUGGUCUCCACAGCCUUCUAUGACAAUUAAUUCCACAGAUUCACCACCGCCUAGCCAAAGAAAUUCCUCCUCUAAUCUUUCUAAAGGUAUGACCUUUUAUUCUGAGGCUGCCUCAGGUCCUAGACUCUCCCACCAGUGGAAACAUCCCUUCUACAUCCACUCUAUCCAGGCCUUUCACUAUUCAGUAAGUUGCAACGAGGUUCCCUCUCAAUCCUCUGAACUCCAGCAAGUACAAGACCAGUGCCGUCACACACUCAUCAUAUGUUAACACAAUCAUUCCUGGGAUUCAACGGAAUUCAACUGUGUGUUGAUGCAACCGGGUGUCUUUGUACAGUAGUCGCUGAAAGCUAAUGCAAUUGCUACAAGCAUUUAGAUGGCAAAUGAUAUGUCUUUCUUGGGGAUAUGGGGAGAAGGCAGGCACGGGUUAUUGAUUGGGAGACAAAUGGCCAUGAUCACAAUGAAUGGCGGUGCUGGCUUGAAGGGCUGAAUAGCCUCCUCCUGAACCUAUUUUCUAUUUUUCUAUGUUUAUUACAAUGGUUCCUUGUCAGUAUUUUCCCCUUAGUGGCAGAAGAGCUAUCCAUCACAACUACACAUAAUCAUCUCCAUUUUAUAUUUAUUACCUAUUCACGUUCAUGUCAUGGGAGCAGAAUUAGGCCAUUCAGCCCAUCCAGUUUACUCCACCAUGGCUGGUCCACCUUUCCCUCUCAACCCCAUUCUCUUGCCUUCUCUCCACAUCAUUCACAUGACCUUCACCAAUGAACCUACAGUAGAUGCAACCUCAGUACAAGCUAGACUGUGCCAUUGCCCAACGCUUCCUAAACCUUUCUUUUCUCAGUAUUGCAUCUCGCCUCCAACAAGCUUCUCACUAAUCUGUAGGACAAAUGCAAAACUGGUCAACCUAUGUAACCUCCACUCCAGAACCAGAGUGGCACAUUGUGCACCUGGUAGAGCUGCCACAUUGCAGCAUCAGAGACCCGGGUUCAAUCCUGACCUCCGGUGCUGUCUGUGUGGAGUUGUUCUUUUUGUGACCACGUGGUUUUCCUUCGGGUGCUCCGGUUUCCUCCCACAUCCCAAAGACGUGCGGGCUUGUAGGUUAAUAAUCCUCUGCAAGAAUAAAAAUGCCCCUAGUGUCUGGGGAGUCGAUGAGAGAGAUUCUAGUUCCAUGAACAUAGAACAAGUGUGAAUGAGUGAUCGAUGAUCGGCGUAGACUGGGUGGGGCCGAAGGGCCUGUUUCCAUGUUGUAUCUUUAAACUAAGCUAAACUAAACUAUACCAAGGUCACCCCGAUCCUGAUUGUGGAGCAGCCAGCAGUCACGUAUGUGUAUGUUUAGAGGCUCCAUGUCAUUUUUGACUCAUUCACUAGAUUGUAUGAGAUACUGGGUCUUGCACUAAAAAUCUGCAAAACCCCUACCAACUGUUCCCCAUUCACUCUCACCUUCAAUACACCAGCAUGGAUUUUAGAGUUUGAGGAAAAUUAGUUUUGAAGAUCGAGAGCUCAAACCAUGCACAUGGUCUCUCGUCUGCUGGUCAGCAGUGAACUCAGAGAGUCAAUAACCUACAAGCCCACACGUCUUUGGGAUGUGGGAGGAAACCGGAGUCAUACAGCGUGGAAACAGGUCCAUCAGCGGGUUAAUUUGUUUCUGCAAAUUGUCCCCAGUAUGCAGGAUAGAACUAGCAUAUGGACUCAGUGGGCCAAAGGGCUUGUUUCCACACUGUAUCUCUAAACUAAACUAAACUCUGCCUCAGUAACAUUAACUAGCUAACUAGUCACCACGAGCCUCUGGAGGGGUCCAUCAAUACCAUCUGUGCACAAUCCUCCAAACCUACAGGCAGGAUGAGCAAACCAAUGUCAGUGUCCUCAUGCCCAGUAUUGAGCUACAGGCUCCAAUGACCAGGGCAUGUUGCUGCCAUGCCUGACAUCAGGCACUUGACCCGCCCGCUGAGUCCGCGCCGACCAGCGAUCCUCAUACACCAACACUAUCCUACACACUAGGGACAAUUUUACAAUGUUACCUAAGCUAAUAAACUUACCAACUUGUACAUGUUUGGAAGAUGGGAAGAAACUGGAGCACCCGGAGAAAACCCACACAGUCACAGGGAGAGUGGACAAACUCUGCGCAGACAGGAUCAAACCCGGGGUCUCUGGCACUGUCAGACAGUCACUCUAACGCUGUGCCACUGUGCCCCCCCGCUUGAGAGGCACAAAAUUAAAGUCACAGUUUCAUUAACUUUACCUGGUUCACUGCAAAAUAUAUUUUAUUAUUGCAUAACAUCUCUUUUUAAAAAAACAAACUAAAAAUUUCUUGGGGUCUAAUAUGAACUACAUGCAAUAAUCUGAAAAAUCUGCUCGUCCAGAACCGCUGAUGAAUUUAAAACUAUGGGAAUUGUGGAAAAAGUAGGUCAGACGGAAUCAGACUCUAGCACUGUGGUGAAAGGUGUUGUGAAAAAAUACUUUCAAGUAGACCCAGGGGAUUGCAAAUGCUGGUUUACAAAUAGAGACACAAUGUGCUGGAGUAGGUCAGUGGAUCAGGUACUAUCUCUGGAGGACAUGAACUGGCGACGUUUCAGGUCGCAAACCUUCUUCAGACUUUCAGUAUUUUAAAGUUGAACGUACAGUACAAUCAUCUGCUUGCCGAUGUCCAGUCAGAGGAUGGUGAAUCUGUGGAAUUAUUUGCCACGGAAGGCUGGGGAAGCCAUGUCAGUGUAUGUAUUUAUGGCAGCGAGAUAGAUUGUUGAUUAGUACGGGUGUCAGAGGUUAUGAGGAGGAGGCAGGAGAAUGGGGGUUAGGAUGAAGAGAUAGAUCAGCCAUGAUUGAAUGGCAGAGUAGACGAUGGGCCGAAUGGCCUAAUUCUACUAACAUUCCUUAUGACCUUAUGAGUUUUGGCAGGGCCUAUCGGCUCCAAUCGCAACACAGCCUUGGUCCAUCUACACGUCACGUUGCCUCGGCAAGGCCACCAGCAUAAUCACGGACCAGUCUCACCCCGGACACUCUGACCUCUCCCAUCAGGCAAGAGGUACAGAAGAAUGAAAAUACACACCUCCAGAUUCAGGGGCAGUUUCUUCCCAGCUGUUAACAGUCAACUGAACCAUCAUCUCACCAAUUAGAGAACAGUAGAUAGACACACAAUGCUGGAGUAACUCAGCGGGACAGGCAGCAUCUCUGGAGAGAAGGAAUGGGUGACGUUUCGGGUUGAGACCCUUCUUCAGACUUAGAAGAAUUCUUCAGAAUUGGAGAAUGGUGUGGACCUACCAUCUACCUCGUUGGAGGCCUUUGGACUAUCUUUAAUCGUAGUUUACUGGAUUUUAUCGAACUAAACAUUAUUCCCUUUAGCCUGUAUCUGAACACAGUAGAUGGCUUGAUUGUAAUCAUGUAUAGUCUUUCUGCUGACUGAAUAGCACGCAACAAAAAUGUUUUUCACUGUACAUCGGUACACGUGACAAUAAACUAAACUAAACGAAGAGUUGAAUUCCUGAUUUGGACAAGAGUGUCUGGCUGAGGAUAUCCAGUUAGCUGUAUUUGACUGUAUUGUUGCAGGAAUUUGCAGUGGCCUGCUUUGACCUUGUUCCUGUAUUUUGAGCAGAAGGGUUUGUCUUCAAUGACCAUUCAAAUGUUUGGGACAGUAACAUAGACACAGUCUCUCACUGUGGUAUUGUGUCCUCUGGUCAUGUCUUCAUUUUUCAGGUAGAUAUUAACCAUCCCUUGGUGUAGUCAAAGGGCAGCAGAUGAGUUCUGCCUGGAUUGCCAGACAAUAUUUAUCCCUCUGCCAACUGUAAUGCACCACCUCAGGUUAUUGUGCAAUUCUCUGGUUAUUAUGUGAUUUCUGUCAGAGCUUGCUGUGCACAAAUUUGCUGCUGCAUUUCCUUCAUUGCAGCUAUGACAACCCUUCGGAGGCACAACUGUAAUCUUAAACACACGAGGGACAACCUGGAGUUUGGUUUUGGUUGGUUUAAUUUAGAGGUACAGUGCGGACACAGGCCAUUCGGCCCACCGAGUACAUGCCGACCAGCGACCCCCGCACACUAACACCAUCCUACACAAGAGGGACAAUUUAUAAUUUUUACUAAAGCCAAUUAAGAUAUAUAGAUAUAGACAUGCCAUUUAUUGUCACUAUACAUGUACAGUGAAAUUGAAAGCUGCUCGUACUCGGUGCAUACAUAUAAUUUAGUACAAAAACAAGAAACAGAAAAACAAAAAACA